ACCUCAGAUGUGCAGCCUCAAAACGAAGCCCACUGACGUUCAUGUCGCUCGACCGUGGUGACAGAAAUACAACAAAGAGACGAGCUGCUUGUAGCGACAUGAUAAAUACCACGUUAAUUACCAAGUAAUUUACCUCACAUAUAUGGCAACAUAGGAAACUGACAUAAGUAAAGGUGGCACAGGUGUGGGCACAACUGGAUGUCAACACAGAGGAAAGGACAUUUGAGAGUUAAUCUGCAUCUGAAGAAGUAAAAGUGCGAAUCGGCAGCCAGAAGACCACAACGCGCUGUUUGCAUACUGUAAAUAUUGCAGAAGUGUAGACACGAAAAGAAAGUUCUGGUCUAGGUCUUUCUGUAGCUCAGAUUGCCUUAGCAGACGAGUUCUUUAUUACACCUGUCCAGGUAUAAUUUUCUAUACAGUGUGCAAUAUUUAUUCACAUAAAUAUUUAUUUAUCUUCUUUUAGAAGAGCCCUUGUAAUAAAGCAGCAUUGCUCUGAAUUAUUGAGCCUAAGCUGUAUGUAGAAUUUAUAAAUAUCUGAUAAGAUUCUUUAGUGACACUUUUUAUUGAGGCCUUGUGGACACUGUGAAUGGUUCACUAGGUCUUAUUAGACCUUAGUAAGGCAUUAGAAAAGUGAAAAAGACAUGGAAAAGCUUUAGAAACUUAAAAAGAUGGCAACAAAGAUGGAGAACAUUGGGCCUGCUGUCAUAGGGUUAAACACACACAAUAGGCAUCUUAUAGGACAGCCUAAAGGCCCCUCUCAGUUAGGACCCCAAUCUGUGAGUUCCCAGCCUGGAAAGGAACCCAUGGGGACCCAGAAACCAGCCAAUGCAUCUCAGGAAGGACCUGGAAUCAGGUUUGGUGAUGACUGGAAAAAAAGCCUACUGCUCCCGGCUAAGGACAAUAGAGUCAAAACUUCUGAUGUGACUGCAACCAAAGGGAAUGAGUUUGAGGACUACUGUCUAAAGAGAGAGCUGCUGAUGGGCAUUUUUGAGAUGGGCUGGGAAAAGCCCUCCCCCAUUCAGGAGGAGAGUAUUCCUAUUGCCCUUUCUGGCCGCGAUAUACUGGCUCGUGCCAAAAACGGGACCGGAAAGAGUGGUGCAUACCUUAUCCCCCUUCUGGAGAGAAUUGACAUAAAAAAGGAUCAUAUCCAGGCCAUUGUGAUAGUUCCCACUCGUGAACUGGCUCUGCAGGUCAGUCAGAUCAGUAUUCAGAUCAGCAAGCACCUGGGUGGUGUCAAGGUCAUGGCAACCACAGGUGGGACCAACCUACGAGAUGAUAUCAUGCGCCUGGAUGAGGAGGUUCAUGUUGUUAUAGCAACACCUGGCAGAAUCUUGGACUUGAUAAAAAAGGGCAUAGCCAAAGUGAAUAAAGUUCAGAUGAUGGUUAUGGAUGAGGCUGAUAAACUGCUCUCUCAGGACUUUGUGGUUACUAUUGAGGACAUCAUUGGUUUCCUUUCAAAGAACAGACAGAUUCUGCUCUAUUCAGCCACAUUCCCCAUCAGUGUACAGAAGUUCAUGGCAAAGCACCUGCAGAAGCCCUAUGAGAUUAAUCUGAUGGAGGAACUGACCCUAAAAGGAAAUGUUGGAUGGUUUUCACUUUUGCAGAUAAAUCAGUCCAUCAUCUUUUGUAACUCUACUCAGCGAGUGGAGCUUUUGGCCAAGAAGAUCACGCAGCUGGGCUGCUCCUGCUUUUACAUUCAUGCUAAGAUGAUGCAGGAAUACAGAAACCGUGUUUUCCACGACUUCAGAAAUGGGCUCUGCAGGAACCUUGUUUCCACCGAUUUAUUCACUAGAGGCAUCGAUAUCCAGGCAGUAAAUGUGGUCAUCAACUUUGACUUCCCCAAGAAUGCAGAAACAUAUCUGCAUCGCAUCGGACGCUCAGGAAGGUUUGGACAUCUGGGUUUGGCAAUCAAUCUCAUUACGGCUGAGGAUCGUUUUAACCUGAAGACCAUUGAGGACCAGCUGAUGACAGACAUAAAGCCCAUUCCCGGUAGCAUCGAUAAGAGCCUGUAUGUGGCAGAGUUUCACUCUGUGAACCCUGACUGUGAGGCAGAGGCAUCUCACCCUGGCGGAGGGUCUGAAGCCCAUUAGGAAGCACCAUUAGAGAGCAGGAUAGUUGGAGAAACUGAACCUGACUUUUGCACAAACAUCUGCUUUUGCACAAACCAGUUACUUCUCUGCUCAUAUCUUUCAUCAUCUUUUCCAGCUCCACAGUAUUUUUUAUUUUUAUUUUUUUUCAUUCAUUGUUCAUUUUUAGGGGGGUUAUACCUCUUUAUAAAUGACCAGUUGAGACAUGCAAGAACAAAAACUAAACAUUCAGAGAAGGGUUCCUAUUUGAUAGAAAACAAUAAACAAAGGUAUUGGUUAACAUAGAGCAUAGCAUACUUGUAUCAUUAGUUGAGAAUUUACACACAAACCAUAGAACAAAACCUGUUUAACCCAAGUGCCUUAAUAUAUAUUAUCUCUGUCUUAGAUUAAAAUGUCAUUGCUAUGUUGAAGUAUUCCCAAAGACUUAACACAGGAUUUUGCAGCAUACUGGUGAUACUGGAUUCUGUGAAAGAAAAAUUGGUAUUGAUGAGAGAAGCAUUUUCUGAGGCAGCUAGAGAAACCAGCAUCCAUGGAAAUAUUGCAGAGCUCAGGAUUCAGGUGUGAACAUGAACCAUUGCACUAAACUGCCUGAGAAAAAAACUUCUUCAUUAGUAGUGCGUUUUGUAGUUUCAUUAGUAGUCACAGGCAAAUGUAAAUUUGGAAUUCAUAAGGAAAUAUAGACGUAAAUUAUGGUUUCAAACAAAGACAAUUUUUUUUUCUUUUUAAUAUAAUUCUGAAACUAUACUAUAUUAGACAUUCCUAACUUAAACAGGCAUGCCAAAACUGGCAUAAUGUGAGAGAUGUCAGACUACUACAUGAAAGCUGAUUUAAAAAUUCACCACACUGCAGUCAUUAUACAUGACCAGGUCCUCGCAUGUAUAUGCACAACUAUGUCUGUUUGGUUCCUUUUUUUCCCAUUUAUUUAAAGGUUGGUGCGAAGGUUGGUCGAGGAUAGCGUCUUUUACAGUUUUCAUUUCUUUUGAUAUUAAUUAAUGUAUAAAGUGGUUAAUGAACUUUAUGACAUUGUUAUUUACAGAUAUGUAUAUAUGUUUUUGCCAAAAUGUUUGCUUUUUACUUUGAUCCAUAUUCUGUGUAGUGAAUAUAUAUAUAUAUAUAUAUAUUCUUUAGCAGAAAGGAGGCAAAAAUCCUAUUUAUUCCCUUUUGGAUAUUUGCAAAAGUCUUUUCAUAACCUCAUGUUGCAUUUAUUAGACGUUUUGAUUAAGACAGAGUAUUUUCGUACAGCACAAUUGUAGCAUCUUCUCAGGGGCAGCUGUGAUUUUUCUCCAAAAGAUGUUCUAUUGUGUUUUUUUUUUGUUUUUUUUGCUAAGCAGGGAUAUGUGGAAUGUAGCUCAAAGCUUUAAUG